AUGAACUGUACUUACGGCCUAUCAUAUUACUGCACGUACGGCCUAUCAUAUUACUGCACGUACGGCCUAUCAUAUUACUGCACGUACGGCCUAUCAUAUUACUGCACGUACGGCCUAUCAUAUUACUGCACGUACGGCCUAUCAUAUUACUGCACGUACGGCCUAUCAUAUUACUGCACGUACGGCCUAUCAUAUUACUGCACGUACGGCCUAUCAUAUUACUGCACGUACGGCCUAUCAUAUUACUGCACGUACGGCCUAUCAUAUUACUGCACGUACGGCCUAUCAUAUUACUGCACGUACGGCCUAUCUUGUAUUUCAAUCACACUCCCCGGCUUGCCUUGUGUUGAGGGGGGCCCAUUGUCACGUCAUUUAAGCGUCACGUCCAAUUAA